AUGGGGGAUUUCACAGCAGACCGAGGGAAAAGGACACCUGUACCGGAUAAAGUCGACAUGUCCUUGGAUGACAUUAUUCGGCUGAACAAAAAAGAGCAACAGUUAAGAAGGAGACAGGCCAAUGUGAACCGCCGACCAGUGAAGAAGAAAGGCCGCUUAAUCCAAGGAAAGGGAGUUUCACAGAGGACUGCAGGACCAGCCCAGAGAGGAGGUGGCAUUCCCCGAGGAGGAGGUCCCAAAUUGAGAAACAGAAAGGUCCCACCAAUAGUGGCUCGGAGACGGGGUCAGGGGGUCAUCACGGGACUGGCGGCCAGGAGACCAGCGGCUCUGAUGAAGCGAGCCGGCACACUGAACAGAUCAGCAUUCAACCAGAAAACAAGACAGAAAACAAGGCCCUUCUUUCAGCGCACUGAAGCCCAGUACAGGAAGCCAGAGGUACAGAGGCGGCUGUACAGGCAGCCAGAUCAACAGAGAGGCCCAAACGCCCCCUCAGUCAGGAGGCCUUUUCAACUGCGGCGAAGACCGCUGCCUCCUGUCCAGCAGACUCAGAGGGAAGCACGACAGGCCACGUUUCUUUUUCGCAGGGGACUGAAGGUACAAGCCCAAGUGCAGAAGCCAACUCCCCGCACACCUCCAGUCAGAACACGCCAGUGGCGCACAUCGACAGCCAGCAGUGGAAUCCUGACUGUUUCAAUAGACAACCCCACAGCCAGGACACAGCCUGAGCCCCCAACAGCUUGGACCCUGCAUCCCCCUGCUGCCAGUGUUGCCCCCGUGAAGAUGGAAACGGUGGAGAAGAAGAUACCAAAAGGAGUGCCUCUGCAGUUUGACAUCAACAGUGUUGGGAAACCGCAAACGUCGAUGACUCUGAACGAGCGAUUCCGCAUCCUAAAAGACCGCCGCGCUGCCACAGCUCAGAGCAGUAAAGGCAGCAGAUUCGUCACCGUUGGUUAGCUGACCAGAAGGAAGACACAGAUGAUACUCAAACGCUCCUCUGUCCUGCUCAGACUCACACGGCAAACCCCACCUCUCUGAUGGAGCGGACAGUGCAGACCCCAAUGCCUCGCUCUGCUAAUUGGAGGGAAGGCAAAAAACCACAGGACAAACAAGGAUGAUGUGCACAACUGCAAGG